AUGGAACUAAUGGCUUACAAGUAUCGGCUAAAACAAGCCAUGAAUCAAGCUAUUGAUGCUGCAGCAGAUGGCAGUGGUUUUGGCACAUCACUCAGCUCCGAUUUAAACAGUUCUCCCCAAAUGCAUCCACACUUAGAUUUCUAUGUUGAUGGUUGUACAAUUUAUGUAGCUGAUACAACUGUUGAUAGGAGAUUUUCAGAAUAUUUCAUUCUUCACAUUGAACAAUUACAACAGAUGAACAAGACAUUGGAUACAUUAGAACGACGAAUACAUGAAGCGAAUGUUCAAGAACCAAAUGAUGCAGCUCAAUUCAGAUCUUGA